UAAUUUGACAGUAGUCAUGAAAGAUCAACAAAUUAGAAGAAUUUUAUUAAUACAAUUAUCAAAGAGUAUAUAAGACAAUUACAAUAUUAUAUGUAUCAACAUUUUUUUUCUGUAUACUGUAAAUAAUUAGCAUUGAAAAAAUUAAUACUUAUUAUACAUUCAAUCAGUGAUACUAGGCUAACAGAAAAUGAAUUAAUUGUAAAAGUUAGAAUUUCAAUAAUAUAGAUAAAAUGUUGUUGACAUAACGAAUUUGGUAAAUAACAUCAAAAGUGUAAUUCGUAGUCAAUAUUUAGUGGAAGAAUAUUUAAUAUAAGUUUCAUCGUUAGGAAAUUUUCCAACCGGUUUCUUGCAAUUCGUAUAUUUUAAGGAAUCGUAAAAAGAAAUAAUAAUAUAUGUAAGUAGUUGCACAAUUAAAAGAAACAAUGCUCGAAAAUGAAGAAGUUGAUAUAGAUUACUUUACUCCAUCAUCUAGUACAUCAUUGUCAAAAAUAUUUAGUAAAAAUAUACAAGCUGACGAGGGACAAGAAAACAGCACUUUAAAGUAUGUUCCACCACUCCCUACACAAAGUCAUAAACCCGAAGAAGAGAAACCUACACAGCAAGUUUUAUAUGUUGCAACAGUAAAUGCAUAUGAAUGGCUAAGAGAUUCAUAUGUGUCUAAAGAAAAAAUAGGUUUUGUGAUAAUAAAACUUAUAAAAAGUGGUCUUCAGAACAUAAUUCUAUAUGACUCUAACAAGACAAUAUUAUCCAGCUUGACACUUACCACUGACUUAGUAAUAAAUGUCAGAGAAAAUAUCAGUAUAUCGUAUUAUGAUAAUCAUAAAAAAUAUUGGAGCGUGUAUACAAGUUCACAUGACAUAACCCAAAUUUUAGAUAUUCUAAAAGGAUUACAAGUUAGUCUAAAAUACAUGGAUACAAAGAAAAAUCUUUCUCAAAAUGAUGAUAUAAAUAGACAACAUUUGUCACCUAGAAUUGCAAAUCAAUCUAAAAAUGAUAGUAAGGAAAGUGAUACAGAUUCUUCUAUUAACAGAAGAACUAAGGAUUCAAUUUUAAAAAGAAUGGCCACUAUGGGACAGUCAGUUUUACCACCCACUCAUCUAAUAACACAAACAAGUGAUUCCUCAGACACAAAUGAAUCAAUAAACCAACAUAAAUCUAGACAUAAACCUUACAAAAAUAUUAUUAAGAGAAACGUGGAGAAAAAUACUGCAGAAAUUGACAACAAUAAUGAUUUACAAAUAAAAAUUACUCCCAAGCCAUUGUUAUUGCCAGAGGUAAAUAAAAAUAUUUAUCAAAAUACUGAUCAACAGAUAGUAACUAUGAAAACUAUGGAAAUAACAAAAACUCCGGUAAGUGCUGUACCUGAAGGUAAUGAGAUGAUCAUGUUUAUAUCUGAACAAAGAGUCAGUAACAGUGAAUUACGAAUAAAUAUGAGUAGAAUUAAUGAUAAAUUAGAUUGUGUAUUAGAUAAAGUAAAAUGGCAGGAAAAUGAUGACAAAUGCUCUACUAGAAGUAACAUGUCACACUUACAAAACGAGAUUACAAUUAAAUUAUUGAAUGAAUAUGAAAAGAAAAUUAAAAAUUAUGAAGCUUUCAUACAGUCAAAAGGAUUUAAUUGUGAUACAUUUGAGCCUAUACUUCAACCUAGUGAUUUGUGUAAUGUUGAAUAUUCGAAUAUUAAUAAAACCAAACAAUCGUGUGACUGUAAACAAUUGUGUGGAGAUAAAGAUAAACAAAUAAUCCAUCUGGAGGAAGAAGUACAAACAUUGACAUCAAAAUUAAAAGAAAGGGAACUCAAAGAUAAUGAAAGUAAUUUAAUAAGAGAAAUAAGUGAAUUAAAAGAAAAUAUUAUAACACAAAAAGAACAAAUUAAAGAUUUAAAUAAAAAAAUUGAAUCAGCUCAAAAUUUGUGUGAUAUUGAAAACAAACUUAAAAGUAUAAUGAAUGAUACAUUCCAAACAAUAUCAACAAACUUUGAUAGUGACAUAAGUUACCCAGGUGCUAUAGUAAAAAGUACUGUAGCUUCCAUAAUAAAGAAAACGACGAAAGCUUGUUUAAAAGAUCUAUAAUAUACUAGCUGACCUGGCAAACUU